AUGCCGGCCCACAGCUCCGCCCAGGUUUCCCGCAGCAUAGAGCAAAAAAAGCAGCGACUGUCGGAGGCCGAGAGGAGUCAGAGACCGCCAGGCACAGCCGGACGCCGCCAGCCACCCACCCUCAUCCCCGCCCCCGCCAAGGAGCCCCACGCGGAGCUGCCGGCGACCCCGGGCCCCCAGCGCAGCGUCUACUUUUCAGGGCCACAGACGCCCCUUGCCCGCCUGGGGCUGGAGUUUUUCGACCAGCCAGCGGUCCCCCUGGCUCAGGCGCUCCCGGGACAGGUGCUGGCCCGGUGGCUCGCUGACGGCAGGGAGAUCCGCGGCCGCAUCGUGGAGACCGAGGCACAGCUGGGCCCGCAGGACGACGCGGCCCACUCGAGGGGUGGCCGGCAGACCCUGCGCGACCGCGGCAUGUUCAUGAAGCCGGGGACGCUGUACGUGUACGUCAUCUACGGCAUGUACUUCUGCAUGAACAUCUCUAGUCGGGGGGACGGGGCGUGUGUUCUCCUACGCGCACUGGAGCUCUUGGGGGGUCUGGAGGCCAUGCGUCAGCUCCGGGGUGCCCUCCGGGGAGGCGCGGCCGGCCAAGCCCUCAAGGACCGUGAGCUCUGCAGCGGCCCCUCCAAGCUGUGCCAGGCUCUGGCCAUCGACAAGAGCUUCGACCAGUGGGACCUGGCCCAGGACCAGGCCGUGUGGCUGGAGCGGAGCCCCCUGGGGUCCGGCGGGCAGGCCGUAGUGACCCCCGCCCGGGUGGGCAUCGGCCCUGCUGGGGAGUGGGCCCGGAAGCCCCUGCGCUUCUAUUUCCAGUGCAGCCCCUGGGUCAGCCGGCGUGCUGGACAAGACAGCCGAGCACGACGCGAGAGCCUGAGUGACGCUUUUAAUUGUUUAAAAAGCAAAUAA